CCUACUCUCUCUGCCUUUUGUGGUUCCUCCAACACUUCUCAUAUAUCAGUGAGAGAGAGAGAGAGAGAAUAUUUUGGGUGUGCAGAGAUAUGGCUCGAAGCUCAAUAACAAUGAAAUGGGUGUCCAUGUUCAUGCUCCUUCUGCUCCCCCAUUUCACCCUUACUACUAAGGCAGAUGAUGGACUAGUGGGAAACGGAGAUUUCGAGGCAUCACCAUCAAAUGGGUUCCCAAGCGAGGCGCUAGUGGAAAGCCCCACCGAGAUCCCAAGCUGGAAAUCAAAUGGCACCGUUGAGCUCGUUGAAUCCGGUCAAAAGCAAGGUGGCAUGAUCCUAAUUGUGCCACAGGGAAGGCACGCCGUCAGGCUCGGCAACGACGCCGAGAUCAGCCAGGAGUUCCCAGUGGAGAAGGGCUCCGUUUACUCCGUCACGUUCUGCGCCGCCCGCACGUGCGCACAGCUGGAGUCACUUAACGUGUCCGUGCCGCCGGCGUCGCAGACCAUUGACCUCCAGACGCUCUACAACGUUCAGGGUUGGAACCCUUACGCCGUUUCUUUUAACGCUGACAGCGACUCCUUUAGGUUGGUUUUCAAGAACCCUGGCAUGGAGGAUGACCCUACUUGCGGGCCAAUCAUUGACAACAUUGCCAUCAAGAAGCUUUUCACUCCUGACAAGCCCAAAGAUAACGCCGUGGUCAAUGGGGACAUGGAAGAAGGUCCAUGGAUGUUUAGAAACACAUCACUGGGUGUCCUACUUCCCACCAACCUAGACGAAGAAACCUCCUCGCUGCCUGGCUGGAUCGUGGAAUCCAACCGAGCCAUCCGCUACAUCGACUCGGACCACUUCGCCGUCCCCGGAGGCAAGAGAGCCAUCGAGUUGCUCUCCGGGAAGGAAGGCAUCAUCUCCCAAAUGGUUGAGACCAAACCAGACAAGGAUUACAGCUUGACCUUCUCGUUGGGCCACGCCGAUGACAAAUGCAAGGAGCCUCUCGCCGUCAUGGCUUUUGCCGGUGACCAGGCUCAAAACAUCCAUUACACACCAAACUCCAAUUCAACAUUCCAAACUGCAAAUCUCAAUUUCACUGCCAAGGCAGAUAGGACCAGGAUUGCCUUCUACAGUAUUUACUACAACACCAGAAGUGACGACAUGAGCUCCCUUUGUGGCCCUGUGGUCGAUGACGUCAGAGUCUGGUUUGCCGCGGCCACCUCCCUCUCUAAAUUGGCCCUUUCCAGGCUUAGCCUUCUCAUUUUCGCCUUACUUUGCCUUCUACUCUGAUGCCUUUAAUUUCAUUUCCAAUUAUCUUCUUUGCUCAAUACUCUUACUAGUUACCUCUAGGUACAUUCACAUGUAUUGUAUUUGAACUGGCCUAAACUUUAUCCAGUUUUUGCUAUGACAAAUGACAAUGUCCUACUCCUGUCUUAGUACCUUUGUCACUGUUAUAUACACCGCAUAGCUAGUGAGGAAUUUGAUGGUUGAAUCUAUAAUAUUCAAUUUUGGAAUGUGAAAGCUAAGUACAAUCUAAAUUUCUGUUAUUUU